AUGCAUCCUUCACCGCUGCAAGUGACACCAACAAUUGAUAUCGGUGUUCUUCAGAGUAAUUCAUCAUCGCCGGAGGUCUAUCAACAACUUGAUAAGCUCAAGGUGAUCCUCGGAAUCUGCGGUUAUCUUCAGGUGGUUAAUCAUGGAAUAGAAGCAUCGAUUCUUGACGAAUUGUGUGAUGUCAGUAAACGAUUUUUUGCUCUUCCGCCGGAGCAAAAGCACAAGUUCACACGGCCCGGAGCUGCUGGUGCUCGUUUUGAUGCUUUUCUGAAUGAUCAAAUUCUCAUUGAUAAUCAGAUUGUCAAUCAGGAUGAUAGGCUUUUUCUCGAUUUGGACCCUGUUGGUGAUCAGAGGACACUGAAAGCUUGGCCGGAUAACCCUAAAGACUUCAGGAAAAUUCUGCUUGAAUACUCAAAGAAGAUACAAAAGUUGAAUGGGAUCAUACUCAAGGCCAUGGCAAAAUCACUGAAAUUGGAGGAGAAUUGCUUUCUGAAACAAUAUGGAGAAAGUCCAAGCCUGCUGGCAAGAUUUAACUCUCACCAUCCUUUUCCAAGCUCUCAACAGUUUUUUCUUGAAAAUGGGGCAGAUGCUUCGGCAUUGACGUUUCUUAUACAAGAUCAAGUGGAAGCCCUUGAAGUCCAGAUUGAUAAUCACCGGUUCAGAAUUCCCUUAACUCGUCAUACCAUACUAGUGAAAGUUGGUGACCAAGUCGAGAUCAUGUCUAAUGGCAAUUUUAAGAGCCGAAUGCAUAGGCUUGUGACAAGCGCAGACAAAGAGUGGAUUGCGGUAUCUGUGUUCUGUAGUCCGGAUAAUAGGAACCACAUUGAACCAGCAGAAGAGCUUAUUGAUGAGAAUAUGCCAAGGUUAUACAAGAAUGUGGUUGAUUAUACUGGUACAUUUUUCCAAGAGCAUCGCAAUAGAGGUCAGAGAUUGAUCGACGCAAUCAAAUUUUGA